AAACCGCUCGGUGUAACAAUGAAAAUGUUUUCCUGCCUUUGGAAACUUUAUAUGGGAAUCCUUCACUUAAUCUUGUUUUUCCCGAGCAAAAGUCUGGCUAUUGCGUUUCAUUUAAUAAGAUACGGGUUAUUGUGGUGUGUUUUAAUAUUGCUAAGCUUGUCACGGUAUUUGGAGCAAAUAUCCGGCGGUCGAGGCGAAGCAAACGACCAAGACCAAAAUAAGGAAAAAUCGAAGAAGAAAGCGAAACCCAAACCGAAGAAAAGUCCACUACGGGAGCCCUCCUUCAGCACAACACUCACAGACCCGAUUGAGGAGGUCAUAGAGGAGAUAUUGGACGAAGAAGUGAAGUCACCCAAACCGAGAAAACGAAAUAAGAAAAGCAAGCCGAAAAGUAGCGACGACGAAGUCGGUUUCUCGUUUUUCAAAAGCAAUUCGUCGGAAAGUUUGCCAAAAUUUGAGGAAAAUUCUGCAGCUAAGUUGAGUCCCGAGGUCGUGUCAGAUCCACCAGAGGACUCACUCGGGUUUUCCUUUCUCCCCGUCAGGGAUAAGAAACAGAGGAAAAAUCAGAAAGUGAAAAUCGACGAUUUGCCCAAAUCGACGCUCAUUGAGCAUUUCAAGCACAACAAAAGGGCCAAGAAUGAGUUUGUUGUGAUUGAAAAGGUUGAAGUUGAAGAUAAGCCUGAAAAUUGUAUCGAAAUCGUCAAUAAAGAAACCGGGAAAAAGGUUUAUCUUGAGGCCAAAGAGAGCAAAAAAGUACACUCGAAGAUAUCGUACGCCAGCGUCGCUUCUCAGCGUUUUGAGGAAAGCUUGGAACAGUUGAGGAGGGAGGAGGAAAGUAAAGCUGAUUCUGGAAUUAACGGUGGUUCAAAACGCCAAGUUGAGGAAGAGUUAGCGACUCAAAUUCAGGGUGAAGAACGCAGACUGGUCGAUUUACUUGACCAAGACCACAAGCCCGGUGGAGAAAUAGCCGAAAAUUCUUCGUUUGUGGAGUUUAAUGGGGGUCUUGGAGAAAUAACCGCACCUAUUGAAGAACCAAAAACAGCCCCUGGUGAAGAAAUAGUAGAACUGAUACAAAGCAUUGUUGACACUGUCACUAGUGAAACAGCGUCUUCCGAACUUUUGUCUGAAGAAAUUUCUCCCUUCAAAAUGUCUUCCGGUACCCAAGUGCGCGUUCUGACCCUAAACGAUAAAGAACACCAAGACUCGACUCUUUACCGCCUGCAGAAAAACUGGAUUAUUCAGUUCCGUCUCGGCCCUUCCUUACUCGGGCGGAAAGUGUCGCUUUACUGCAACUACCCUCAAACCGGCGACUUCAAGCGACACUCCUACGCCUUGCUCAAGUGGCAACAAGACGAAGGCUGCCAGCAUUCCGACGACACGGCCCUUCUGACUGAAUUAACACUCGAAAAGUCCGGAAGUUUUCACUACUUUUUCACCUACGACGACCAGAUCGAACAUCAAGGCUCCGGUUUUUUCCUCGUAGACCCGGUUUUGAAAUACGGGAAAAACGAAAAAUUGCCGCUGGAUUGUAUUCAGUGUCAGACUGUGUUGGCUAAGGGCUUGGGCCCGUUUGACACGUGGGAAAAUAAACUACAAGUUGCCAAAGAAUCGGGCUAUAACAUGGUCCACUUUACGCCAAUUCAGGAAUUAGGAGCUUCGAAUUCGUCGUACAGUCUUAGCGAGCAGUUGAAGAUCAACCCAUUGUUCACUAAACAAAACGGCAGUGAAACAACGUUUGAGGACGUCAGUGACUUGAUUAAGAAAAUGCGCCAGGAAUGGAAGGUGGUUUCAAUUUGCGAUAUUGUUUUGAACCACACGGCCAACGAAAGUGCCUGGCUUAAGGAGCACCCGGAGGCCACCUACAACUGUCAAAACUGCCCCUAUUUGCGGCCUGCCUACCUGCUAGAUGCCGCCUUUCACCAGUUUUCCUUGGACGUGUCUAAGGGGGUGUACGAGGACAAAGGGAUUCCGCCCCAAGUCUCAACAGAGGAACACUUGCACUCCAUCCGUUACCACCUCCACAACGACGUUUUAUCCCAGUUGAAAAUCCCCGAACUGUUCAUUUGUGAUGUUGCUAAAAACACCGCAGACUUUCUGAAUUUAAUUCGUAAUAAAAUACCGACUCAAAUCGAAUCAAAAAUUGAAGGCGAACUCAAACUGAUCCAAGACCCGCAGUUUCGACGACUUGCCUCAAGCAUUGACAUGGAUUUAGCCACGAAGUUGUACAAUAAUUACCGUCUCGAUUGUUACGAUGAAGAGACUAGGAUUAAAAAGUGCGCUGAGGAUUUUAAGAACAAACUCGAAGCGCUUAACAAAGCGAUGAUUGAUGAAGUUAACGAGCAUUUGAAGGUUGCAGUUGAGAAUGUAAUUGCCGGGAUUAGGUACUUCAGGGUGCAACCCGACGGCCCCAAAGUCCGCGAAAUUUCCCUGAAAAACCCGCUAGUUUUUCGCUAUUUCACCGAUUAUGGGACUCCCAAGAGUCUCAAAGAGCACGAGGCGAUUAUGAAUAAUGAAAAUGGGCGGUUUUUGAUGGCUCAUAACGGUUGGGUCAUGAAUUCGGACCCGUUGAGGAAUUUCGCAGCCCCAGAUUCAAAUGUUUAUAUCAGGCGGGAGUUGAUCGCAUGGGGGGAUAGUGUUAAAUUGAGGUAUGGGGAGAAGCCGGAAGAUUCUCCGUUUUUGUGGGGACAUAUGAGGGAGUAUGUGGAGUUGACGGCGAGGAUUUUUGAUGGAGUUCGGUUGGAUAAUUGCCAUUCGACGCCGAUUCCGGUGGCAGAAUACCUCCUUGACUGCGCCCGAAAAAUCAACCCCGACCUGUACGUUGUUGCCGAACUGUUCACAAACUCGGACCUAACCGACAACAUUUUCGUCAACCGCCUCGGCAUAUCAUCCCUGAUUCGAGAAGCCAUGUCGGCUUGGGAUUCCCACGAACAAGGCCGUCUCGUCUACCGCUACGGUGGUUCCCCGGUUGGUUCAUUCUACCAACCGCGAAUCCGCCCCCUUGUGCCCUCAAUCGCCCACGCCCUCUUCCUCGACUUAACCCACGACAACCCCAGUCCGGUUGAAAAACGCUCCGUUUUCGAUUUAUUACCAAGCACAGCCCUCGUCAACAUGGCAUGCUGUGCCAGCGGCUCGAACCGGGGCUACGACGAGCUGGUCCCCCACCAUGUACACGUGGUUGACGAAACGCGACAAUAUACAGAGUGGACACAAAACGAGAGUCUUGCCACCGGAAACGCCCGGUAUAUUACGAAAAAAUCGGGGAUUAUUGCGGCCAAGCAAGCGCUAAACGAGCUGCAUUUCCACUUGGGGGCCCAAGGAUUUGAUCAAGUUUAUGUCGACCAAAUGGACCCGGAUGUGGUUGCAGUCACGAGGCAUUGCCCGGAGACACACGAAAGUUACGUUCUGGUCGCCUUUACGGCUUUCACUCAUCCGCCAGAGGGCGCUGAGGGGCACCAAAGAGCCAUCAAACCGCUCAGAGUCGAAGGAGUCUUGGACGAAAUUGUCCUGGAAGCGACUCUCAAUCAAACCAAUUCCAAGUGUGGUUCGAAAUACACGAAAAGUCAAAAUCAUCGCAAAGAUAACAAGUGGAUUAACGGCUUGUCGGAAUAUCAGGUCCACCUGAACCAACAUAUUCAAGCAAGUGAGUCUGAGACUGUUGAAAAGGUCGAUUCAGGAUCUCCCAAUGUUGUCCAAUUGAAUUUCAAAAAUUUCAAGCCGGGGAGUGUCCUCGUAAUCAAAGUGUCGUUACCUGAGGAUAUGAGAGAGGCGAUUAAAAAUGUGCGCAGCUUGAUCAGCCAAUUCUCUUUUAAAAAAGGGACAGAACUGUGGAAAAUAAUAAGCGAAAUGAGCUUAGCCGACUUGAAUCGGGCCUUGUACAGGUGUGACCAAGAGGAGAGGGACGAAGGCCACGGUUUCGACACUUACGAAAUACCGAAUUUCGGUCGCUUGGUCUAUGCCGGCUUUCAAGGUUUUAUGUCUUUGUUGAGCACUAUUCGGCCUAAUAACGACCUGGGUCACCCCAUGUGUGCCAAUUUGCGCGACGGAAAUUGGAUGAUUGAUUACAUCUGGCAGAGAUUGAAGCUCGAUGACGGCACCAAGCGCUUGGGGCAGUGGUUUGAGGAGAACUCGAAGUCGCUCAAAUCCAUACCGCGCUACUUGGUCCCGUGCUACUUCGACGUGAUUGUCACAGGGAUCUAUGUUUUGCUGUUCGAGCAGUGCUACGCCCUUAUGUCGGAUUUUGUCAAGCUCGGCUCCGCCUUUGUCAAAGGUCUAGCGAUGGGUUCGGUCCAAAUGGCGGCUUACAUAAAGUCCGCUGAUUUGCCGCAACUUUCGCCGAAUCUUUCGGCACCUAAGCCGCCCCAAAGGAAAAAUAACAAGGGCGAGUUGGUGCAGUCUUGUGUUACGAUGUCGGCCGGCUUGCCCCAUUUCUCGGUGGGGUAUAUGCGUAACUGGGGUCGGGACACCUUCAUAGCCCUGAGAGGGCUAUUUUUGCUGACUGGGCGGUUUGAGGAUGCUAGGUACCACAUUUUGGGGUAUGCGGCCUGCUUGAGACAUGGGCUUAUACCCAAUUUGCUCGACGGUGGACGAAACUCACGCUUCAACUGCCGCGACGCCGUCUGGUGGUGGCUGCACUGCAUCAAAAGCUACACCGAGGACGCCCCCUCCGGGCUCUCCAUCCUCCAAGACAAAGUCUCCCGCAUCUUCCCCACCGACGACUCGCCCCCUCAGCCCCCCGGCCAAUUCGAGCAGCCCCUCCAUGCCAUAAUGCAGGAAGCCCUCAACGUCCACUUCCAGGGCCUCGUGUUCCGCGAACGCAACGCCGGCCGUCAAAUCGACGAACACAUGACCGACCAAGGCUUCAACAACCAAAUCGGAAUUCAUCCCGAGACCGGUUUCGUCUUCGGAGGCAACGCCUUCAACUGUGGCACCUGGAUGGACAAGAUGGGUUCGUCCGAGAAGGCCGGAAAUCGGGGAAAACCGGCGACGCCGCGAGACGGCUCCGCCGUCGAACUGAUCGGAUUGGCCAAGUCGGUGGUCACGUGGUUGGAUAAGUUGAGCAGGGAGGGGAAGUACCCGUAUUCAGGGGUGGAAAGAAUUGGAAAAAACGAGGUUGAAACUAAGUGGACGUUCGGGGAGUGGGCCGAAAAGAUACAAAAUAAUUUUGAGAAGUUGUUUUGGGUCAAUGAGACGCCGGUAGAGGGCGAGAUUCGGCCUGAUUUGAUUAAUAAAAGGGGGAUUUAUAAGGACUGCUGCGGGGCGAGCCAGGAAUGGACCGACUUUCAGCUGAGGUGUAAUUUUCCAGUUGCAAUGGUGGUAGCGCCGGAAUUGUUCAACCCACAGCAUGCAUGGGUGGCUUUGGAACAAGCCGAAAAGUCCCUUUUAGGGCCGCUAGGGAUGCGGACUUUGGACCCCGAGGAUUGGGCAUAUAAUGGGGAUUAUGAUAAUUCAAACGAUUCGGAUAAUUUCAAUGUUGCCCAUGGGAUGAACUACCAUCAAGGCCCGGAGUGGGUGUGGCCUGUCGGCUUCUACCUACGUGCCAGGUUGCGAUUCGCUGCCGCUAACAACCAAUUGGCGAGAACCGUGGCCGACACUAAGGUCGUUUUAGCGAAACAUUUUGUCGAAUUGCAAACGUCUACGUGGCGCGGUCUCCCCGAAUUGACCAAUAAGAACGGAGCGUUCUGCAAAGACAGCUCAAGGACGCAAGCGUGGAGCAUGUCGUGCAUUUUGGAAGUUUUGCACGACCUCCAAAGGAUCGAGAGGGACCAACCGACGAUCAAUUGACUCACAAGAAAAUUAGAUGUACUAACCGAAAAUUGCGUAAUUACGAUCAACUUGCCGACCAAACGGACUUUUUUUAAGCGUGAAGUAGUGUACAAGGUUGAGGACGAAGCCGAGUUGCCGCAAGUUGCGAAUUUCGCGGUUUAUAGUGAUUUGUACUUUAGGAAAAAUGAGAGUUUGAACGUGGUUGAGCGUGCGGGUGACUUGCUAGUGUGUGAUUUUACUGUGGAUUUUAUGCCGUGUUUUGGGGAGUGUUCCCGGGUUUUACAAGUGUUAAAAUAUUCCCCUGGUGAUUGUCUUAGUUUUAAUUUAGAUAAGUCUUACAAGAAUUACCGUGCAAUUGUUAAUUAUAGUUCGUUUACUAAUCGUGUUGUGUGUUUCGGUGAUUUGUUAUCAAGGAUCUCGAUGAAACCGAAAAGAAAAUCAAUUCGUUUGGUCGAUUUGGAUGAAAUAUCACCGGUCGAAGACGAUAAUCCGAGAAUUACCGACGAAUUUGUUGAAAAUCAAACUGAUAAACCCCUGUUGGACAAACCUAGAUUUAAUCCAAUUAUACUCGAGCCGCUAUCGUUGGAAGGUUUGCAGAAGAAACGUGUUAUCAACAGGAUUUAUGAAACUGAGGAGAAGAAACUAAUCCGUAUUACCAUCAUGUACACUUUGGCCUUUUUUGCGCUAGCUAUUACGACGUUUUUUAUCAUUUAUUUAGCCUAAACAAUUAUUUAUUUCCAAAGUUUGUUGUGAUCAGUUUAUUUUGUAAUUAAUAAAAUGCUAUUCUGGU